UGCCAGCUGCCGAUCUCGCUGUUGACAGUAAAAGCAGAUAUGUUCCUUGCUCACUGCCAUUAGCACUGACCAUGACCCUUCACACCAAAACCUCUGGAGUUACCCUGCUGCACCAGAUUCAAGGCACUGAACUGGAGACACUGAGCAGACCUCAGCUGAAGAUUCCCCUGGAAAGAUCGCUCAGCGACAUGUACGUGGAGAGCAACAAGACAGGAGUUUUUAACUACCCAGAAGGGGCCACUUAUGAUUUUGGUACUACGGCUCCAGUGUACAGCUCUACUACUCUCAGUUAUGCCCCUACUUCUGAAUCUUUUGGGUCCAGCAGUCUGGCAGGAUUUCACUCACUGAACAAUGUCCCACCAAGCCCAGUGGUGUUCUUGCAAACGGCGCCCCAGCUCUCACCCUUCAUCCAUCAUCACAGCCAACAGGUACCCUAUUACCUUGAAAACGAACAGGGCAGCUUUGGGAUGAGAGAAGCUGCUCCUCCAGCCUUCUACAGGCCAAGCUCUGAUAACAGGCGCCACAGCAUCCGGGAGAGGAUGUCCAGUACCAACGAGAAAGGGAGCCUGUCCAUGGAGUCCACCAAGGAGACCCGGUACUGUGCUGUUUGCAACGACUACGCUUCAGGCUACCAUUACGGGGUCUGGUCUUGUGAGGGAUGCAAAGCUUUUUUCAAAAGGAGUAUUCAAGGGCACAAUGACUACAUGUGUCCUGCUACUAACCAGUGCACCAUUGACAAGAACAGAAGAAAGAGUUGCCAGGCUUGCCGACUAAGAAAAUGCUAUGAAGUGGGAAUGAUGAAAGGUGGAAUCCGGAAAGACCGCAGAGGUGGGCGAAUGAUGAAACAAAAACGGCAAAGAGAGGAGCAGGAUUCCAGGAACGGGGAGGCUUCAACGGAGCUGCGAGCUCCCACCCUUUGGACAAGUCCACUGGUUGUUAAACAUAACAAGAAGAACAGCCCAGCCCUGUCCCUGACGGCAGAACAGAUGGUCAGCGCCUUGCUGGAAGCUGAGCCACCCAUAGUUUAUUCUGAAUAUGACCCAAAUAGACCAUUCAAUGAAGCCUCUAUGAUGACCCUGUUGACCAACCUUGCAGACAGAGAAUUAGUGCACAUGAUCAACUGGGCAAAGAGAGUUCCAGGAUUUGUGGACUUAACACUCCAUGAUCAGGUCCACCUACUGGAAUGUGCCUGGUUAGAGAUACUGAUGAUUGGCUUAGUCUGGCGCUCCAUGGAACACCCAGGAAAGCUUUUAUUUGCACCUAACCUAUUACUGGACAGGAAUCAAGGGAAAUGCGUAGAGGGCAUGGUGGAAAUCUUUGACAUGCUGCUGGCUACUGCUGCUCGGUUUCGCAUGAUGAACCUUCAAGGGGAGGAAUUUGUGUGCCUUAAGUCCAUCAUCCUGCUCAAUUCUGGUGUGUACACUUUUCUUUCCAGCACCUUGAAAUCUCUGGAAGAGAGAGACUAUAUUCACCGUGUUCUGGACAAAAUCACAGACACUCUGAUACACUUAAUGGCUAAGUCGGGUCUUUCUCUGCAGCAACAACACAGACGACUGGCUCAGCUCCUCCUCAUCCUCUCUCACAUCAGACACAUGAGCAACAAAGGAAUGGAGCAUCUGUACAAUAUGAAGUGUAAAAAUGUGGUUCCACUUUAUGAUCUCUUGCUGGAGAUGCUGGACGCUCACCGACUGCAUGCCCCAGCAGCCAGGAGUGCUGCACCGAUGGAAGAGGAGAACCGGAGCCAGCUGACAACUGCAUCAGCUUCAUCUCAUUCCUUGCAGUCUUUUUAUAUAAACAGCAAAGAAGAGGAGAAUACAGAAUACAAUAUAAAUAAAAGUCAGCAUAUAUAAUGGUAUGAGAAACCCAGCAGUGUACUACCUAGCUCAUGCUUCAUUUCGUCUACAGUGCCACCUAUCUAAACACUCCAAUGACAAC